UCAGCGCUUUAUUCCGCGGUCCUGCGCUGUCCUGGGUUAACCUGAAAGUAAUCCCUGAGAUUCCCCUUUCUGGCUUUCGGGGAGCCAGGGACACACCGGAGACCGGAUUCUCAGCUCUGCUGGAGCAGGCCUGGGCCGGAAAAGCCCAGACGGCAGAGAGAGCUGUGCUGGGGAUUCCAGAAAGGCGUCCGGUCGGAGGGGACCUUGGAGCUAGGGUCUGAGGAGGAGUUUGUCAAAUGAAGAAGGGUAUCCGAGGAGGAGGGAACGGCGGGAGCGAAAGCUGGGGGAGGGGCGAGAAACUUGGAGAGUUCUGAGAACACAUGUAGGAAUCUUCCCAGAGAUUUGGACUAGACUUUACCAGGGCCAGGGCGUGAGUUCCCCGGAACCCAUCCCUCUGCGCCCCUGAGAUCUCUUGCGUCGCCUAAAGCUUUGGAGUGGCCCGAUGGAAAAUACGGGACUCGAACCCUCGUCUCGGUGUAAUUCCCACGGCCCUGGGCCAUGCGUGGUUCUUCCUCCCACCCUUCAUUUCCGGUGUCUCGGAUUCUCACUGUUCUAGGAUCCUAAAAAUUCGGUCUAAGGUUGCCGGGGGAACGCCAUUUCGCUGCACCCCCGCGUGCAGCCCCUCCCCGCCUCUUGCCCUGUCACCAGCCAAUAGAAACGAAGAUCUUCAGUGAGUGGGCAGUACGUCUUCUAAGGGGCCCAAUGAUGAUCGGGAAUCGUUGAACAUUUUACCAGUCACGCCGCGGAGUAGGCGGGGCCUCCUGUCAGGACUAGAAGUCACCCAGGCUGAGAGGGUAGGCGGAUCGCCGGUUGUGAAUCCAUGUGGCGGGGGUUGUGGACCCUGGUAGCCCGGGCCGCACGUGGGCCUCGCAGUCCCAGACCGUGCACGCGCCAGGGCAGCGGCGUCCCGGUCCCCGGUUCCGGGGCCACUAUCUUCGCGCUGAGUUCCGGCCACGGCCGCUGCGGCAUCGCGGUGAUCCGAACCAGCGGCCCCGCCAGCGGCCACGCCCUCCGGAGCCUCACGGCGCCCCGGGACUUGCCCCCGGCUCGCAGCGCCUGCCUGCGCCUGCUCAGCCACCCCCGUUCCGGGGAGCCGUUGGAUCGCGCGCUGGUGCUCUGGUUCCCAGGUCCCCAAAGUUUCACGGGUGAGGACUGCGCCGAGUUCCACGUGCACGGAGGCCCGGCGGUGGUGAGUGGCGUCCUGCAGGCCCUGGGUAGCGUGCCAGGGCUGCGGCCAGCUGAGGCCGGUGAGUUCACCAGACGGGCAUUCGCCCACGGGAAGCUGAGCCUGACCGAGGUGGAGGGGCUGGCGGAUCUAAUUCAUGCGGAAACCGAGGCGCAGCGGCGGCAGGCGCUGAGACAGCUGGACGGAGAACUGGGCCACCUCUGCCACGGCUGGGCCGGGACCCUCACUAAGGCAAGCCCCCUAUUCGUCCAUUUCCGGCCCGACCUGCCCAACCUGUGCGUGAGAGCUUCCUCAUUGCAGGAGUCUCCGAUCCGGUCCCUUAGGUCAGGCUGGACCUGGGCACACUGGAGGGUGGGUUCCUGGGUGGCCACACCGUUGCCCCCUCUCCCCCCACCCCAGGCUCUGGCUCAUGUGGAGGCCUAUAUCGACUUUGGUGAGGAUGACAACCUGGAGGAGGGCGUCCUGGAGCAAGCUAACAGCGAAGUGCGGGAGCUGCAGCUGGCACUGGGCGCACAUCUUCGAGAUGCCAGGCGCGGGCAGAGGCUUCGCUCAGGGGCGCACGUAGUGGUCGCAGGACCCCCCAACGCUGGCAAGAGCAGCCUGGUGAACCUACUCAGCCGGAAGCCUGUGUCCAUAGUGUCUCCGGAACCGGGGACCACCCGCGACGUGCUGGAGACCCCCGUGGACCUGGCCGGGUUCCCGGCGCUGCUGAGCGACACGGCGGGGUUGCGGGAGGGCGCUGGGCCCGUGGAGCAGGAGGGCGUGCGGCGCGCCCGGGAGAGGCUUGAGCAGGCUGACCUCAUUCUGGCCGUGCUGGAUGCUUCUGACCUGGCCUCUCCGUCCAGCCGCAACUUCCUGGACACCGUUGUCGCCCCCGCCGGAGCUGGGAGCCCCAAUGGGAACAGCCAGCGCCUCCUGCUGGUGCUCAACAAAUCGGACUUACUGCCUCCAGGCGGCCCCGACCCCAGUCCCAACCUGCGCCCGCACCUGCUGCUGUCCUGCUUGACCGGAGAGGGGCUGGAUGGCCUCCUGGAGGCGCUGAGGAAGGAGCUGGCCGAAGUGUGUGGGGACCCAUCCACAGGCCCACCGCUCCUGACGCGUGCAAGGCACCAGCAUCACCUACAGGGCUGCCUGGACGCUCUUGGCCACUACACGCAGACUAAGGACCUGGCCCUGGCUGCUGAGGCUCUGCGACUCGCCCGGGGGCACCUGGCCCGCAUCACCGGCGGAGGGGGCACUGAGGAAAUCCUGGAUAUCAUCUUCCGGGACUUCUGCGUGGGCAAGUGAGGGGAGCCCUGGAGCUCUCAGCCGGGCAGAGUGGAUGCCCAGAAGCCUUGAGGCAUGUGGGAAGAGCUUAGGCCAAGUGAGAAUCUCCAUCCCUGGGGGAAGAACCUGACUCCAGAACAAUGAAGCAAAGCCGCUGCCUUCAGAGGUGGUGAGCUCACUGUGGCUGGCCGUGACCAAGCUACGGCCAGCCAGAUUCCCUUGCAGGGACAUGCCAGGGGUUCAAGCCGCUCUGGAGUGGAACCGCUCUGGGUGCCUGAUUGUGGAGGAGCGGGGGUGGAAGGUUGGGAUGGAGGUGGGAGGGCCUCAGAGUUCUUUGCUUUGUGGUUUUUCAUUUAUUUUGCAAAUACCAAAGGAAUAUAAAAAAUUCAGGUGAUCCAGAAAUGCUUAAACACGGAAGACUCCGUCCCCCCACAUCCCUUGGGGUCACAGCUUAACUUGUGUCCUCCCAAAAUUUCUCUGCUCUUUUGCAUACUUGUGGAUACACCCAUAAAAUAUACGUUUUGUAUUUUGUAC